AUGGGGCUGCCUUGCUGUGAGACCCUCCCCCGCGACUGCCACCAAAGUCACAGAAAACUUUCACACCUCUCAUCUGACACUGUGGCCUGUGCACGACUCCAAGCACUGGGAAAGCCUUCGACAUCAGAAUAUGAAUGGCACCUGUUCUUCCGGGGCGGCAAGGGGGAUCCCGAUGUUUAUCAAAAUGGGUUGAUUUUCCACGGAGGGGGUACUUCUGGAGAGAGAAAAGUUAACUAUCAAAAUAUCCAUGGCUUUGACAUAAUAGAUGAAGGGGAAAAGCUGCUGGUUUCACUACAGAAAUGAGAACUCUUCAUCAAUUUCAGCAAAUAAUCCUUGAGUACCUACCACGUGUCAGGCAAAAUAGACAAAGAUCCCC